UGUCCAGAGAAGUUAAUAACACAAGCGUUCCGCCAUAAUGUUAUAAUGCGACUGGAUUUGUUUACAGUAGAUGAUACUGUUUUACUUGUUGGGGAAGGGAAUUUUUCCUUCUGUGUUGAUCUUGUAUCAACAAAGAAAUUUGUCAACAUCACGGCGUCAUGCCUGGAUACUGAAGUGAAAACAAAGAAAGCUGAAGAGAAUGUGCUUUACCUGAAACAGAAAGGUGUGCGAGUUUUAUUUGGUGUAGAUGCUACAAAAUUAACUGAGCACCCAGUAUUAAAAAAUGAAAGCUUUUCUAAGAUCAUAUUUAAUUUUCCACAUGUUGGAGGUAAAAUGAAGAUAAAUUUAAACAGGGAACUGCUGCGUCAGUUUGCUGUGAGUGCCUGUCACUUACUAGAUACAAAUGGUCAACUGCUGAUAUCACUCUGCAAAGGUCAAGGUGGAACCAGUGCUGAAAAACAAAUUCGACGUUGGGAUGAUACAUGGAAAGUUGUUGAAAUGGUUGCUGAUGGAAAUUUGGUUUUGACAGCAGUUGAGCCAUUUGAUGGAGACAGUUACCCUAACUACAAGAGUGCAGGCUAUCGGGGUACAGAUAAGAGUUUUCAUACUGAUGGAGCACUUGUUCACAUAUUUUGUAAAAGACAACCUCUAUUUCCUUCAGUGGAAGUUUCAGUUCUGCAAGAAAGUUUAGAGCAGUGUAGUAUUAAAAUUCCAUCUGGAGAAAUAUUAUGCCCAAAAUAUUACUUUCAGAAAUAUAUUCAAACACCUGUAAACAAUAUUGCAUUGUUUUUCCAAAAUAGUUUGAAAACCUUUAUUGAACAUAGUGGAAAGAGUGUAAGAAGUGUCCAGGAAAGUGAAGUGCCCUUGUUUGACCCAAGAUGUUUAUCGGAUAGUAGUGCAGACAAAGUAUUGAUAUGUCCCUUGCGCCAUUCAUUGUUGGACAUUAUUAGUGUUCCGUUGCAUCUCUGGUGGAUGUGUCAUGAAAAUUACCUUCUGUACAGUGGGAUGGUAUUCCAUGAUUUGGGAUCUGACUUCUCACAAGCUCCUGUUUCAAAUCAAAUAAUGCUCUUUGGUUACAAUUCACAUGAUAUUUUAAGAGCCUAUCUUGAAAAUUUACUGCAAAAUGAUAUUGGUGACCAUUUUUACUUAAAAGCUUCAUCGAUUGUGAACAGCAGCCCUGUGUUGCAGUACAAAAGUAUGGACUGCCCUACUUUUAUUGAAAAUACAAAUUUUGAAGUAAAAUUAACAAACAUUUUGUUACUGUCUAAAGAUUGUGAAAUUAUGAGAGAUUCAACGAAUACUGUGUUGCAGCACUACACUGUAGAUGGAUCAAUCAAAAAUGAAGAAAUACACACUGAAUUCUGUUUAAUGUAUCCUGAUACACUAUCAGAAAUAUUGUUUCAUACAUCUUGGAGACAUUUAUAUGCCAGUGAAACUUGUUUAAAGGUUGGGUACAAAAACAGUCAUGUAAAAUUUAGCAGUCUAUAUGGCUUAAAAUAUUCUUUUGAUAUUUGCUUUUCACAGAGUCCUUUGUAUAGCCAUAAAAAGUUUUACAGUAUUCUUUGGCAAGUAGUUGGUGAUAUUGUAACUGAUGUCCAGUUAUUAAAUACAUAUGAAUCUCCGAAAGGCUGGACUUCACACUGUUUCAGAAUAGAAUAUCAGUCAUUUGAUAAAGCCUUAAACAGGAAGAAAGCCAUUGAUAUCCAUCAGAAUGUAGUUGGUAAAAUGUUGUCACAUUGUUUACAAGUUACAAUACAUUAGCAUUGUGUUGCUAUCUGUAGGUUCUCUUACACUGGGACCCUCUAAUGUGUAAAUUCCCACAGUAGUUUAGAAAAAGGAUGGCAGAUUCUAAACGAAAAUAACUUAAUGUAUGGGUGAGCAACAUUAAAUAGCAUGAGAAUCCACAGAAUUUAUACAUGAAAAAUUCAAGAACAGGGCAAGAGAUAUCCUUCAGUGAAGGACAGAAGAAAUAAAUGAAAGAAAAACGGAAAAAUAUGAAAUAAAUGAUUUGAAAGGAGGACAGAGCAAAUAUUGUCAAGAAGAUAUGAGAAGAUUGGUCAUUUACAGUGAGGGAGCAUCAGAUAAAGUCCUUGUCCUCCAGGUCCAACAGGUUAGAGAGGUAAGGAGCUGGGUGAUUGAUAUGACAGUAUGCAGUGACUAAUAUGAAAGCACAUAUCUUUACUCAUUGAGAUACUGCAGAAGAGUGGAAGCUGCAUGUAUAAGUUAUAAGUCAGAAAUAUCCGUCACAGAUGGGUACCUUUUGGUAUUAUAUUUUAGCACUGAUUAGGAUGUUUAGUGAAAAAUUGAAACCUCACAAUUGAAAAAAUGUUCACGGUGAGUACUAUGGCUAAUGACCAGUCAUAGCUCUUUAAGUUGAAAUGUCAAAGUUGAUGUGAAUUGUGGGAAAUUAAUCCUUAGACAUACUUUGCAAAGGAGGCCUAAUAGGGGUUUCAAAGCAGAGUGCAAGAUAGACUAUGCUAGAUCAAAGCAAGAUCUGAGUCUUGGAAGCUAGAUUAAGAAUAAGGUGUGAAAAUUUUCAGAUGGGUGUUAAAGAAAUGGUUCUCAGGAUGAGAGUUUACAAAAGUUCUCUGCAUGAAGCUUUCUGGUUCACCAUUUAUAAGAUUGCAAGGAGACAGAAUGGCUGACAGUUAUUUACCUUUGGCAGAUAAAAUUCUAUGUACUGCUGAUAGACAAUCAUAAGUACAAAAAAACUAUUGUAGGUUCCCUUCCUCAGAUAGGAAAGGGAACAGAUUGGGGGAGGCUAGAGAGAAGGGAACAUCACUCAAAUACGGAAUGAGUGUCACUCAACUGCUGUGAUAAUGAAGGGGGUGCAAACACUGCCUUAGUAACUGCCGAAGAGUGAGCAUAGUGACAGUCAUGUAGAACUUUAACUGUCCAAAUCAUUGUUAAAAAGCUAUUGCAGUAGAGAUGUUGAAGCUCCCACAGCUCUUAAGACAGCAGAAGAAACAUUUUUCUAUCCUGCUUUAUUAUUGUCAUUUAACAGAAAUGUUUGGUACACUUUGACUAUCUUAUUCUGACAGUUUUUAGUGCCUUUCUGUGCAGUAGUUACAUAUGAGUUAUCUUUCUUAGUAAUCUGCCUUACAGCACCUCCUCCCACUUUUUAAAGGCAUAUUUUAUGAGCUUUUCUGUCACUCCAACAACUCUGUAAUUACAGACAUUUCCUAAUAGCUAAAUUAAAACUGUAUAUGGACCACAUUCAGCCUAGGUUCUUCACCUUUCGUUAACAACUUACCUCCAUACCAACUAACCAAAUUAAGCAUAUCUCAACAUCAAUACUUAAAAGUUUAAUUUAUUAUAUCUAUCUUCAUUUUCAAACUCCAUGGGUGCUACCCUGCAUGUCUUUUUUUUGUUUAAUAGUGACUUUUAUUAAAACUCAGUGAGCUGUAUCUUUCUCUGCUGUAUAUCAUUCCGACCUAGUACUGUGACUGAACAUAAAAGCACACCACACCUUCUCAGCACUGAGAAUACUUGUAACAACGAAAAUGACUCCUUUUAAAUAGUUACUUUUGUUGUAUUGAUUGAUCUGUUACAUAAGAAAAGAGAUAACAAUAGUAUCCCACUUUAAGAAAUGUGCAGCUAAACCAUUUUAAAUUGAUCCUAAGAGAGAUACAUUGUAGUCAACAUUUUUCUAAAUUAAUAACCCAUUUUGUUUGUUUCUUUAUCUUCUGGAUGUAAAGUUUCAUUUGUAUAUUGUAAAAGUUAUUAUGUGUUGUCCACUAACAAAAUCAGUAUCACAAUAAACAGUUGAUUUUUUUCCCCAGACCUUGCCCUUUGUCUUUGACAUGCCCAAUGUCCGGCUGUGAUGGUCUUUCCACUCAAAGGUAAAGCAUGAUUGUUGGAUUCCCUCUCUAGCUUAGGCAAGCAAUUAUCCUCCCUGAAACCUCCAUAAAAUGACAAACCUUUUAAUUAUUAACAUAACACACAAAGAAAACUGUGUGUCAAACAUCUCCCCCUAAGACUUAUCUCUCAAUUAUUUCUGAUCAGUUGAUUCAUCUACCUUAUUGAAGAAGAAAAGAAAUUUCUUUGUCUUGAUGAGUUUUGUGGACAUGGAACAUUUAAUCCUGAUGUCAAUGACUUGUACUUUUCAUGGUUUUUUCCAACGUGGACUUUCCAUUGUUUGAUUAAUCCUGAUGUUAGACAUAUGCUUUACGUGCCAAUGAUGAAUGCUAUGCACAGAAAGUAGAUCAAGAAAUAAUUUUAAAAAAGUAUUCCUACUACUAUACGGUAUUUAAAUGGAAGAAAAUUUCUGUAAAUCUGAUACAGUUUAUAAAUGGGAAAAAUGAUUGUGCCAAUAAAUAUGUACGCUGCACCUUGGAGGUAUUUACAACUUUAAAAUGUGUGCUACAUUUGCUGAAGAGGGUACAAUAUUGGCAUAUAAAUAGCAUCUGCAAAUAAGACUGUCGAUUGUGCUAAGUGCUAACGAUUUCUUAUAGCCCUUGUUUUACCUUUUAUGCCUCGUUAUUUUAUGGUAAUGUGUGCUUUCCUCAUGGUAGUCUAGGAUUUUUUUUUAUGAAAACUGUAAUAUUUUGGGAUGAAAACCAAAUUAAUAAAUUUAUAUUUGUUAUAGUGCUAAAUAUUUCUGAAUAUACUUUCCCAUGUAUGAACAAUAGAGUAAUCUUUUUGUUUGGUAAUUAACUGAAUUUGUACUCGGCAAUUAGUAUACCAUGUUAUUAAACAGGAAAAUUUACUUUCUGUGUACUGUAGUUUAUUUUAAUUGUUUUAUGUAUGCUGCAGUUUUCUUAAUUUUUUGGUGUUGUUUACCCCCAUAAAGUUUCCCCUGUAGCUGAACACGGAGAAAGCAUACAACUAAAGAACUGUUGAGGCAUGGGCAGUUUCUUGUAAUGCUGGUUUUUUACUCUAAGCACUGUUUGCUUUACUGGUCUUUUUAUUUAUUUUUUGCAUUGAAGUGUGUUAUAUGUGUCUAUACAUAAAUAGAAUGAAAAUGAAAAGAAUUCACUGCUUUAAAAUGCAUGUACAGUUAUUUAUACUU